CUAAUUCGUAUACUUGAGAGGAAUUAGGUACUUAUAUCGUUGGGUCAGAGGCUAUAUAUACUCAGAAUAAUUGUUUGUUGCACUUGAGUACGAAACCCAACUAAUAUAUUGUUAUGAAAUAGGAAUUUCAAGAAAUACAGCGUAGUCGGCGUACGAACUGACAAUUUUCGAGUCGAGCGUGAAACCAAGGCGUCUCUACGCCAAGCUACUUCUCUGCAUGAGGAGGAGGAUAAAUAUUCUUAGACCAAAGUCACAAGAGUGAGAGUGAGAACACUAUGGAAGUUAUCCUGCUGAAUCGCCUGUCCACAUUUGCCACAAACAUCAAAGAGCAUCAAGUAAAAGCAUCAGAGCUAUGUGCGUGUCGUCCAUGGGGAAAAGAUCAGCUAGAGCAAGCUGCUAUUAUCGCCUCCAAACUACAAUCUAUACUGGGAAGAUUCCAAAGUGAUCUCUAUCAGUACUUCAACCUGUCCAAGGAUCCUAACGCCGAUGAGAUUUCAAAUGUAACUGCGAUACAGCUAGACGGUGAUGAAGUCUUAGCUGAACUUAAUGCAAGAAUUCAAGCCGAUAAGGAUACAAGACAAGUCAAAUCCGAUCCUACAAAAAAUAGGAGCAAGUUACCAGAGUUAGAUUUAAUAUCUUUUCAUGGUGACGUUCUAGAAUGGACUCAAUUCUGGGACCAAUUCAGUUCCAACAUUGAUCAAAGGAAUAUACAAGAUGUUGAUAAGCUACUCUACCUUAAAGCAUCGUUAAAGGGUGAAGCCAAAACCAUAAUCGAUGGUUUAGAAACCACGAAUGACAAUUAUAAGAUUGCCAUAGAUACUCUGAGAGAGAGAUAUGGCAACAGAGUGCAGAUUGUUGAUGCCCACUAUUCUUCCUUAUAUAAGAUUAAGAAGGCCACAAAGCCAGAAGAUUGCAGAAAGACAUUAGAUGAACUCGAGAGACAUCUAAGAGUCUUACAGUCCCUAGGAGAGGAUACAAAUCAAAACCAUUUAAGAUUUCUUUUCAUGGAAAAGUUUCCUGAAGACAUCAUUUAUGAAAUGAAACUAAAAUUGAAGAUUGAAUCCAUUGAGGAAAUAAGAAAACAACUAAACGCUAUCAUAUCAGCAAAAGAAGAUGCCAAGAGGAUAAGCGUUGAGACUAAAGGUAUGGAAACAACCUUUACCACUAAGACUUUACACAUAAGGGAUAAACAUCCGAAGAAACCCACCGGUGAUAAGAGAAUCAAACAUAGAGUUACAAAAAUGAGAGGAAAACCAAAUAAAUUUAGACAAAAUACAUCAACCUUUUCAAAUACAUUCCCGCCUAAGAAAAGGAAAUAUGAGGCUAAUAGUGUAUCGAACAACGCACAAGCAUCUGCUAAACGGAAGAAAUUGGAAUAUUUAUACGUGUACCCUUUGCAAUCAUAUCUGAACAUCACUUAUUCAGUACCAAUGAUGAAUGUUUAA